GGUCUAGUAACUUCUCAGACUGGGACGUGGGGUGUCUGCGACCCAUUCCGGGACAUCUAGGGAGAAUUCCAAGUGCACGGCGCGGUGGUGGCGAUGGUGCCGGCUGGAUCAAGCCGUUUCUUCUGUGCUUGUUCCCCUUUGUUUUCUGUUCUGCACCCCUAACACGUGCAUGGUUUAUAUUUGCGGUGCAGUGCUCCAUCGGGUGCUUUGUAAGGACAGAGAAUGUGUCUUAAACGUGAACGGAAGAGGUGGACCGAGCCUCUGAAUAACUUUUCAUCCUUAAAGGUUUAGUGAACACUUGGUCAGACAAGUACUCUGUUCUAAGACCUUGGAGACGCAGCAGUGGACAAAACAUAAUCCCUGCAAUCUUGGAGCUUCUUAUAGUGGUCUAAUAGUUAAUUCAAUAAAUUAUAGGGUUUUUUAAGGGUAUAAAGAGUUGGACAUUUUAAAUAGUGUAUGUGCGUCCGUGUUGGGGGUUGAGAGAAGAUGCUGUUGGAGCAAGCCCUGUAAGUCUGGGAAGGAGCAUUCUAGUAGAGAGCAAGAGUAAACAAUGUGUUCCAGCUGCCCGGAGAGAGAUGGAAACAGCCAUGCCUUUUAUUUUGCUGUUCGUGUUCGAGCUUGGUAUCCCCAGCUGGCCUAGAACCUGCUGUGUAGACCAGGAUGGCCCGAGAUCCACCUGCCUGUGCUUCCUGAGUGCUGGGAUUAAAGAAUGUGACUCCUCUGGCCAGAUUCCAGCAGUAGCAGGCAUUUGGGAAGUGCUUCAGGAGGAGUGUGAGAGAGGCUGAGUCUUGGGCUCUGUGAGUACUGAAGGAGGACAGAGCCAAGAGGGACUAUGGGAACAAAGCUCCACUGGCAGAAUGGCUUAAAACAGCAGAACUCCACCGUCUCAGAGCUUUCAAGCCCAUGCUUAUGGAAUAAGGCAUUUCUCCACAUGGCUGCCAAGGAAGUGACCAUCACAGUUCGCCUCAUCCGUUCGUUUGAGCAUCGCAAUUUUAAACCUGUUGUGUACCAUGGAAUUAAUUUGGACCAAACUGUGAAGGAAUUUAUAGUAUUUCUCAAACAAGAUGUUCUUUUGAGGACCAACCUACCACCUCCACUCAGAAAUUACAAAUACGAUAAACUAAAGAUUAUUCAUCAAGCUCACAAAGCAAAGACAAACGAACUUGUGUUGAGUUUGGAGGACGAUGACAGACUUCUGCUGAAGGAAGACAGCACACUGAGGGCCGCAGGAAUUGGGAAGUCAAGGCAGGAACUUGAAGCCUUACAUUCACAAGAGCGGAGAAAGAUCCUUGCUUACAUGCUCUCAACUAGCUUUCUUGUCUUUUAUACCAUUCUGGACCCCUGCUUACAGAAAGAAGCCACCCACAAUGUGCUGAGUCUUCCUACAUCUUUUAACUAUCAAGGCAGUCUCUGCAAAACAUGCCCACAGGCCAACCUGAUCUAGGCAAUCCUUCAGCAGAGACUCCUUUCUGAGGUUGUGACAAGUUGAUAUUUGAAACUAUCACGAUAUAUAGUUUGAGAUAGGAUCUCAUGUAGGCCAGGCUGGCCUUGAACUAGCUGUGUAGUGGAGGAUAAUCUUGAACUUUUGACCCUUCUGCCUCCAUCUUCGCACUACAGACAUUGGCCUCCACACCUGGUUUAUGCAGUCCUGGGAGUUAAACCUAGGAUUUCAUAUAUGCUAGGCAAGCUCUCUACCAACUGAGCUUCAUCCCUGUGGGAGACAGACUUGAGCCUAGGGUGAUAUUACAACUGUCAGGGUCACAUGGUUUCC